AUGCGCCAAGUCUCUUGUCUUUCCCCCACGUGUGUAUACGGUAGAGAAAUGAUGGCGGCGCCUCGAGACGUUGCUGCUUUCUCUCCGAAAGGCGAUUAUUUAAUGCACUGUUCAGUCGAUGGAAUUUUAAGAGUUUGGGAUACGCGCACUAGUUCCUUAAAGACAGAAUUUUCACCUAGUUCACAUUUAACAGCAACUUGUAAAUGUCUUUGUUGGUGUCCUGCAAACAGGUUCUCGGAUACUCCAAAGAGGAAGAAAAGAAAGAAAGCCGGUGAUGAUUGCCCUUCUGCUGCUGAAGACUCUGGUUUGGUUGCUCUUGGAACAACUGCAGGAAGUGUUUUAUUGUACAGUGUGGUUAAGGGAGAACUUCACAGUCGUCUGGAAAAUGGCCACAGUGAUGUUAUCAACGAUAUCUGUUGGCAUUCUCAAAAGAAUAUCUUGUACACAUGUUCCAGUGACAAACAUUUAGCAGAGUGGGAUUUAUCACUUGGCAAAGUGAAAUAUAAAUGGAAGGCUAGCAACAGUGCCCUUUACAGCAUCUGCUUGGUGUCGAAAAACAGAUUAAUCUCAGCUGGGAAUCUUAUUAAAUUGUGGGACCUUGAAAAAUACGAAGUCAUUUCGAAAUACAGUGGUCACACAACAGAAGUUCUACAAUUGUUACCUGUUAUUAAGAAUUUUCAAACUUUUGAAUCAUCCUAUUUCUUAUCCGCUGCUGUUAAUGACCGACUUGUCAGUGCCUGGUCUGUAAAUACUAAUAAAGGAGAAAAGAAUGCUGUGGCAUCUUUUUCUUUACCCGAAGAACCAUUAAAAUUGUCACUUUUAAAUAUCAAAGACCAGCCAAUUCAUUUAUCUGUUGUAACAAAAGGUGGGCAGGUUUUAUAUUUUGAACAUGUAUUAAAUGGGAACAUGAAGAAACCACUGCGUUCAAAGCUAACUAUCAGGGUUAGCAGCCCUACAGGCAAAGCAUUUCCUAUUUUAGCCUCAUAUCUUGUUGAUGAUAAUGAUCAUACGAUUAUCAUUGCUUAUGGCUCUUUUCUCAGGCCGGUAUUUGAACGAGUGGUAUCCAAAGGGGCACCAGCGGAAAUUUGUUUAGAACACUCAGAAACUGCAUUAUCGAUUGUUGAAGAAGGAAAUGUACAAAAGGUGAUAUCUGGUGAGCUAUCUAAAGAUUUAACAGUCCUGACACCCAGUUUGACAAUUUCCAGUGGCCCAGCACCAAAUACGUCGUCAUCUUCUGGUAAAAAAAAGAAGAAAACUGAGUUCACAAUGCAAGAACGUUUAAAUGCCAUCAGCUUUGACAGCACAAUUGAAGGACCUCCAACACAGAACCCACCAGUUGCAGAUUCUAUGGCUGUUUUACUUAUGCAAGGACUUAUGAGUUCAGACAAGGACAUCUUGAAUGAGGUCCUUUUGAAGAAUCAAAAUGAGUCUGUUAUUCAGAAUACGGUAAGGAAAUUGGAUAUUCAAGCAAUUGUUCCUUUAAUCAAAGAAUUAACUCAGAGAAUGAGUGGCCCAAGUUCUGUCCUUCAUAAAUAUGCCCAGUGGAUCAAAGUGAUUCUUUCUAUCCAUACUUCUUACCUGAUAUCAUUUCCAGAUUUAAUGGAUACUUUAAGUUCCCUUUAUCAACUUCUUGAUGCUCGGAUGGCAAUGUUUACAAAGUUGACUCGAUUACAAGGGAAAUUAAGCUUGUUAUUGUCUCAGGUUAAAUCUCGUGACCAAGAGGAAGCGGGAGUCCAAUACCAUGACCAACCUGCUUUGCUCACGUAUCAAGAUGAAUCUUCAGAUGAAGAUUUUUAUUUGAAGAAAAAUUUGGAUGAUAUGGUGGCUUCAGAAUCGGAAUACGAUUGGAACAGCGAUGAUGAUGCUAAAGAAGAUAUUCAUCCCCCCCUCCAUUGUCGCCCCCACCCCACACCGUCCUGCUUCUCCCUCUCUCUCUCUCUCUCUAUUUUAUUCUGUUGUUUUUGUUAUGCAAAAACCAAAUUGACAUUUCUCGUUUUCACUUUCUCAUUUGUGCGUAGUUGUGUUGGGGGAGGGGAACUCAACGCCUGUCUUCGACUGCAGGACGACUCUCUCCACGGGAUUCAUCGCUCUUUAUGCGCGCAUGCCUUCCUCAGAGAGCAUGUGGUGGUAGCGACCGUUGGACGCGUGGCCACGGACGACUCUCUCCACGGGAUUCAACGCUCUGUAUGCGCGACUGCCUUCCUCAGCGAGCGUGUGGUGGUAGCGGCCGUCAGACGGGUAGCUGCGGUGAGCGGUCAAAGUGAACGUUCUAAGUCUUCGACUGCAGGACAACUCUCUCCACGGGAUUCAUCGCUCUUUAUGCGCGCAUGCCUUCCUCAGAGAGCAUGUGGUGGUAGCGACCGUUGGACGCGUGGCCACGGACGACUCUCUCCACGGGAUUCAACGCUCUGUAUGCGCGACUGCCUUCCACAGCGAGCAUGUGGUGGUAGCGACCGUUGGACGCGUGGCCGCGGACGACUCUCUCCACGGGAUUCAUCGCUCUUUAUGCGCGCAUGCCUUCCUCAGAGAGCAUGUGGUGGUAGCGACCGUUGGACGCGUGGCCACGGACGACUCUCUCCACGGGAUUUAACGCUCUGUAUGCGCGACUGCCUUCCUCAGAGAGCAUGUGGUGGUAGCGACCGUUGGACGCGUGGCCGCGGACGACUCUCUCCACGGGAUUCAACGCUCUGUAUGCGCGACUGCCUUCCUCAGCGAGCGUGUGAUGGUAGCGACCGUCAGACGGGUAGCUGCGGACAACUCUCUCCACGGGAUUCAUCGGUCUUUAUGAGCGCAUGCCUUCCUCAGAGAGCAUGUGGUGGUAGCGACCGUUGGACGCGUGGCCACGGUAAGCGUUCAAAUCUUCGACUGCAGGACGACUCUCUCCACGGGAUUCAGCGCUUUUUAUCCGUGCCUGCCUUCCUCAGCGAGCGUGUGGUGGUAGCGGCCGUUGGACGCGUAGCCGCGGCAAACCGUGUUCGACUCUUUCCGCGCGAUUCAACGCUCCUCGUCGCUGCGGCCGUCGCACUUGUAGCCACAGUAAGCGGUCAACAUGAACUCUAUCUAUCUAUCUAUCUAUCUAUCUAUCUAUCUAUCUAUAUCUAUCUAUCAACUUUUCAGCUUUCCUUUCUUUUUUUUCUCUUAUCUUUUUUCUUCCUUCUCUUUUCUUUUCUUUCCUUCUUUCUUGUUAUUAUUCCUUUAACUGUCUUCCUUUUUUCAUUUUCCUUUUUUCUUUCUCUCAUUUUUUUUCUAUCUUUCUUUUCUAACCAACCAAUCGACUUGUGUCUUGUCCGACUUGUACUCGAUACUAGCAGGAUACACAUAGGGAAAGUCCAUAGCGCUCAGACUUAUCGAUUUACAUAUGUUUAUCUAUGUGCAUAUGAAUCUAUCUAUCUAUCUAUCUAUCUAUCUAUCUAUCUAUCUAUCUAUCUAUCUAUAUCAGUUGCGACCUAUCUAUCUAUCUAUCUAUCUAUCUAUCUAUCUAUCUAUCUAUAA